AUGACGUAUUCAGUUAAGGAUAAAGAAACAACCAAGGUUAAUAUCAAUACCGGCGGCUUACUCGGAUGUGUAUCAAAUCCAAAGAGGACUUUGAAGAAGUUUAUGGAGAAGUUUGUGUCUUGUCCACAGUCGAAUGUUACGGAGUCAACAAAAGUAGCUGAACCCAACCAAUCAAGUACAAAAGCGUUAACGGACUCUCAGCCUCGUAACGGUGAUAGCGAAACUGUGGUCGUUGAUAAAUUUAACGACGAAAAAAGUAAACAGAACAAUUGCGAAACCAUUGUUUCUAAUGGGGAUCACAGUUUAACACCCCAAUUAUCUGAUAUAUAUAGUGGCGAUGAAGAUGAUUAUCAGACCGAUUUAGAAGAGCCAAUCCCCUCUAAGGGGAUAGAGGGUUAUAGAUCUACCAUUCCCCUGCCAGCUGAACUACUUCCAGUUCAUAAAAGAUUAAGGCAGGAGUAUGCUUCAUCGAUUAUUGGUGGUAUUGAUGUGACUGAUCAAGAGGACAGCAGUAAGUCUUCUACCAAGGGUGGCAAAGGUUCGAACGAAAAUAACGUUAGCAGCCCGGUAAAUGCGUCAAGGAAAAUUUUCAACUUUUCCCUUCCAUUUACAAAUCCCUCAAUUGGCCAGAAGCUUUCCAGCAUACCUUUAUUGAGUAAUAUCUCAAGUAACUCAUCUAAGCUCCCGUCGUUGCAAUUUAAAUUGGGUACGGUAAAAAAAGAGCAUAUCGAGGAUGAGGCCAAGAAGGAAGAAAUUCGAAAUAAACUAGAGAAGCAACAAAGUUUGAGUACUAUUGAGGAAGAAUUUUACUACAAAGAUAUUACCAAAUUGGGUGAUGGAAAGAUGGUUGCCUUGAGAAAGGCAAUAACACCAUCUCUAUCCGACGAUGGAUGGGGAAAUCCUAUUUUUGAUAAAAUUGAUGGAGAUAUUCUUGUGAUGGGAGGAUACAGAGGUAGCAUUUUGCGAGACGCUUCUACUAACAGAAGAGCUUGGAUUCCUGUGCUAAAAGCUGGAUUAAAUAUUAAGAAAAUUAAUCUUUUACUAGGCCCUAAGGACGAGGAUGAAUUACAUACUACGGAUACCAUUUAUCCAGAUGGUAUGCUAACACAUAUCGGUCCAGUGGACAUUUCUAGGAAGCUUAUCAGGAGGCUAGCAUCAAACCCCAAGGUUACAGUGCAUAACUGGGGGUAUGAUUGGAGACUGUCAAUUGACCUCAUAUCUGAAAGUUUGCAUAAAAAGUUAAAGGAAAUCUAUUCAAAUAAUGGCGGAAAGCCUAUCAUUUUAAUAGGGCAUUCAAUGGGUGGUAUUGUUGCUCAUGGUGCCAUGGUUAAAGAGCCAAAACUUGUCAGAGGAAUUAUAUAUGGAGGAACGCCAAUGCCUUGUGUCAAUGUGAUGGGACCUCUACGUUACAAUGAUAAUAUAUUACUAUGUAAUGAUUUGUUAACAUCAGAAGUUAACUUUAUGAUGAGAUCGUCUUUUAUUUUUGUUCCCUUCAAAAAUCAAUGUCUUUUCAAAGAUCUACGCACCGGAAAGCACUAUGAUAUUGAUUUUUACGAUCCAAAGAUGUGGGUGAAGUACAAUCUUAGUCCAAUAGUUUCCGCCGUCAGACUUAAACAGGAAAAAGGAGAGUCAGUUGAUAUAAAACAGCAGAGCAAAUUCAGUAUUUCAUUUGAUGAUGCCUAUGAUUACUUAUGCCGCACAUUGAAAAGAACUAGGAAAUUCAAAGAAUCUUUAGAGUACAGGCCUGAUGUCAAGUAUCCGCCAUUAGUAGUUGUGUAUGGAAACAAGAUUCCAUCCGUGAAAUAUUCACUGGUUGAUGGAGAAGAUGAUAUUAAAAGGGGAAUAUAUUAUAAUUUCUUCUAUGGUCCUGGAGAUGGUGUCACACAUGAAAAGUGGGUCUUUCCGAAAGAUACUAGUUAUCCUUUGUGUGCCAAAUUUGUAUCGUCGAAUGGUCAUAUAGCUUUACUUUCUGAUGCUAAAUGUAUGGCAAAAGCUUUGGAAGCGAUUUUCAAAGAAGAACAAAGAAGGAAAAGACGGUCUCACCAACAAUGA